GAAUCUGAACAUGAUGGUUCAGCUGUUUUUGAGAAAUUCAAAUCAAACAUGCAAGAAAAAUUUCAGUGUUUGCAUGAAGGAACAGCAAAUCAGGGAACUUUGACAGUCCUCAAUGACAUCUACACAAAAGUCUACAUCACAGAGGAUGGAGGUGGAGAAGUCAAUAAUGAACAUGAGAUCAGACAAAUUGAAAUAUUUAGGAGAGCAAGAACAGAAGAUACACCAGUCAAUCUGAAUGACAUCUUCAAACCCUUACCUGGACAAGACAAACCCAUCAGAACUGUUCUGACUAAAGGAGUAGCUGGCAUUGGAAAAACAGUCUCUGUGCAGAAGUUCAUUCUGGACUGGGCUGAAGGGAAAGCAAAUCAAGACGCCCACCUCAUAUUACCACUUCCUUUCAGAGAGCUCAAUUUUAUGAAGAAUCAAAGUCUCAGUCUCCUGGGACUUUUUAAUACAUUUUUCAUGGGAACAAAGGAAUUGGAAAUAAACAGUGAUCAAUAUAAAGUUUACAUUAUUUUGGAUGGUUUGGAUGAGUGUCGUCUGUCUCUGGAUUUUCAGAACAGCAUGAGGUUGUGUGAUGUGACUGAAUCUGCUUCAGUAGACGUCCUGCUGACAAACCUCAUUGUGGGGAAUCUGCUUCCCUCUGCACUCAUCUGGAUCACCUCCAGACCAGCAGCAGCUGAUCUCAUUCCCUCUGAGUGUGUCCAUCGAGUGACAGAGGUACAAGGCUUUAAUGACCCUCAGAAGGAAGAAUACUUCAGGAAGAGAAUCACUGAUGAGAGUCUGGCUGAGAGAAUCAUCUCACACCUGAAGUCAUCAAGGAGCCUCUUCAUCAUGUGCCACAUCCCAGUGUUCUGCUGGAUCUCAGCCGCUGUUCUAGAGAAGAUGUUGAGUGAAGCAGAGAGUGGAGAAAUUCCCAAGACUCUCACUCAAAUGUACACACACUUCCUGGUCCUUCAGACCAAAAUCAACAAUGAGAAAGACUAUGACAAGAAAGUGAAUGAUGAAGACAUGAUCUACAAACUGAGCAAACUGGCUUUUCAGCAGCUUAUGGAAGGAAAUCUGAUCUUUUAUGAAGAAGAUCUGAGAGAGUGUGGCAUUGAUGUGACAGAAGCAUCAGUGUACUCAGGAUUGUGCACUCAGAUCUUUAGAGAGGAGUUUGUACUGUGUCAGAGAAGAGUCUACUGUUUUGUUCAUCUGACUAUGCAGGAACAUCUUGCAGCCCUGUAUGUGUACCUCUCCUUUAUCAACAAUAAGAUAAAUGUGUUCAAUAUCACACCAGAUCAAUAUACCACACCAUCUAUGUUAUCAAAUCCAGGAAUGUUUCUAUCUGACCUGCUUAAAAUUGCUGUUGAUAAAGCCCUGGCCAGUGCAAAUGGGCAUCUGGAUGUAUUCCUUCGUUUCUUUCUGGGCCUCUCAUUGGAGUCCAAUCAGACUCUCUUAAAAGGCCUUCUUAAACAACCAGGAAGUAGCUCCGGUUGCACAGGAAAAACCAUUAAGUACAUCAAACACAAGAUAAUGGAGAAUCCCUCUCCAGAGAGGUCCAUCAACCUGUUCCACUGUCUGAAUGAACUGGGUGACCAUUCUCUUAUCAAGGAAGUUCAGCAUUUUCUUAAUUCUGGAACAAUAAGAGGAACACAACUUUCACUCUCUCAGUGGUCAGCUGUUGCCUUUGUGUUGCUGACCUCAGAAGAGCUGGAUGUGUUUCACAUGAGCAAAUAUGCCAGAAUGUGCAGUGACAUUGAUGAAGUUCUUGUGAGGCUGCUGCCUGUGAUUGAAGCUUCUAAAACAGCCCAUCUUCAUUACUGUAUACUGUCAGAGAAGUGUUGUAAAGCUUUAGCCUCAGCUGUCAGUUCAAAUAACUCCUGUCUUAGGGAGCUGAACUUAAAUGGAAAUGGACUUAAGGAUGAAGGAGCGAUGGACUUCUUUUCUGGUCUAGAGAGUCCACAUUGUAAACUGGAGGUACUGAGGCUUGCAAACUGUAAACUGACAGACAAAAGUUGUUCUGUUAUGGCUGUAGCGCUUAAAACAAAAUUAUUGAGCUUGAAAGAGCUCAGUCUGAAUUGCAAUAACCUGCAGGACACAGGAGUAAAGCAGCUUGCUGCUGGAUUGCAGAAUUCAUACUGUAAACUGGAGAUAUUUAAGUAA